CGCUUCCAUAGGCCGGGUAGUGAGUGAGUCGCUGCUGCUGGUGCUGCUUUGUUUUGCUCAUCUUCGCCGUUGCCGCUGCUCCGCUGCAUCUUCCAGGAAAGGAGGAGGAUGAGGCUGGUGAUCCUUGACAACUAUGACCUGGCCAGCGAGUGGGCUGCGAAGUAUAUCUGCAACCGCAUCAUCCAGUACAAACCAAGCCAGAGCAGGUAUUUCACUCUGGGCUUGCCAACAGGAAGUACACCUCUGAGAUGUUACAAAAAACUGAUAGAAUAUCACAAAAGAGGAGAUCUUUCUUUCAAGCAUGUGAAGACGUUCAAUAUGGAUGAAUAUGUGGGGCUUCCCAGAAGUCACCCAGAAAGCUACCAUUCUUACAUGUGGAACAAUUUUUUCAAGCAUAUUGAUAUAGAUCCAAAUAACGCUCAUAUUCUUGAUGGAAAUGCUGCAGAUCUAAAGGCAGAAUGUGAUGCGUUUGAAAAAAAGAUAAAGGAAGCUGGCGGAAUAGAUCUAUUUGUUGGAGGCAUUGGUCCAGAUGGUCACAUAGCUUUCAAUGAACCAGGCUCAAGUUUGGUAUCAAGGACGAGAUUGAAGACGCUAGCAAUGGACACCAUUCUGGCAAACGCAAAAUACUUUGAUGGAGAUUUGGCUAAAGUUCCUACUAUGGCAUUAACAGUUGGCGUGGGAACCGUGAUGGAUGCUAGAGAAGUGAUGAUUCUAAUCACUGGCGCGCACAAAGCUUUUGCCUUGUACAAGGCAAUUGAGGAGGGGGUCAAUCACAUGUGGACAGUUUCUGCUUUUCAGCAACAUCCUCACACUAUCUUCGUAUGUGAUGAAGACGCCACCUUAGAACUAAGAGUUAAAACGGUCAAGUAUUUUAAAGGUUUAAUGCAUGUGCACAACAAACUUGUGGACCCACUAUACAGUAUGAAAGAGCAAAACUGAGGGAGAGGAUCGAAGUUGGAAUCAUCUGGCUGACCCUGGCGGUGGUUUUAGGUAGCAGAUGAAUGUACUGCUAUGCAAUAUGCUGGAAUACUGGCUAAAAUGGAGAAUCUAAAGUACUGUGGGGUUUUGUCUUGGAAAGGUCCAAAUGUGCAAACGUACAUUCCUCUUAGCACUGUUACAAGCACUGUUGUCUGCUUUCUUAACCAGAUCUUUUUUGCCUGUUACACGCUACCUGUAUGCUACUGGAAGCCAUUUAAAAGGUAGCGCUAGACAAGCUGUUUGCAGGAGGAGAGCUCUGUGUAAACUCAAGUAUAUAUAAAAGUUCUUUUUGUCACAGGCUGUGUAAUUUUAACCUCGGCAGCUGCGUGCCUUAAAAUCUACAUCUGGGAAUCUGCAUAGGGCACAGAAAUAAGGUGAAAGACUUUUCAUCCCUUAGCUGCUAGUCAUGUUUCGUUGAAUUCUGGAGGUGUAGCCAAUAUUGGUCUUCUGCAGCAAAAACAGCAAGGAAUCAUUUGGCACCUUGAAUAGGAACUUGGAUGUAUGUAUAACACUCAGCUAGAUUUUUGAGGGUUAGAUGCCCUUCCUGCAAGGCGGAAGAAAACUGAAUUGUACACAUCUCAAAGUAUUACCUCCUUGUUAUUAACUUUCCAUAAGAAUGCCACACUCUUGUAAUUCUAGCUUAAGUAAAGCUUAACAUAGCUAUUAUACUGUCUAAAAUUCAAUUGAUGCACAACCCCUGGUGCACAGGUCCUUUUGGAUCUGGGAGAGGGCGGAACAGGCUUAUGCACGCUCUGCCAAUGGGCACAGGGAUGGAAUCCCUGUGCAAAGUGGUCGCUGCCUCUACUGUACAUAAUGCGCUUCACUAAGGACCUCUGUGGUGCAGUGGAUCAGUGUGUCUGUCUGUUAACCAGAAGGUUGGAGGUUCAAGGCCACCCAAGGAUGGGUGUGACUGCUGCAUUGCAAGGGGGGUUGGACUAGAUGACCCCCGGGAGUCCCGUCCAAUUUUGCGAUCAGAGCAUGUCAGGAAUGCACAUGGAAUAAAA